AACAAUGACUUCGCCCCCGAAGGCUGCGGAGCGGAGCUGAGCACCGCGCAAAAGCAAUCGCGGCUGUAUUAAGAGGAGGGAGUUGUUGGGAAUGGCAGCAGCUGCUGCUGUUUUUUGAGCUGGAGAGCAUCUGCAGCUUUAUUGUUUGCAAAAAAAGGGACCAAAAGGCGCACUCAUGUGGAUUCCUACAGAGCACGAAAAAUACGGAGUCGUAAUUGCGAGUUUUCGAGGAACACUCCCUCAUGGUUUAUCACUGGAGAUUGGAGACACUGUUCAAAUACUAGAAAAAUGUGAUGACUGGUACAGAGGAUUUGCCUUAAAAAAUCCAAAGCUCAAGGGUAUCUUCCCAUCUAGCUUUGUUCACUUGAAAAAUGCAUGUGUUAAGAACAAAGGGCAGUUUGAAAUUAUUAUUCCAGCAGAAGAUUCUGUUAUUACAGAGAUGACUUCUACUUUAAGAGACUGGGGAACAAUGUGGAAACAGCUUUAUGUGAGAAAUGAAGGUGAUUUAUUUCACCGACUGUGGCACAUAAUGAAUGAAAUCCUAGAUCUGCGACGGCAGGUGCUGGUGGGCCAUCUGACCCAUGAUCGGAUGAAGGAUGUAAAAAGGCACAUUACUGCUCGCUUGGACUGGGGCAAUGAACAGCUAGGAUUAGAUUUGGUUCCAAGAAAGGAAUAUGCAAUGGUGGAUCCAGAGGAAAUCAGUAUUACAGAGUUGUACCGAUUGAUGGAGCAUCGUCAUCGCAAAAAAGACACACCUAUCCCAGCAAGCAGCCACCAUCUCUUUCUGCAGAUGAAGAGUUUGAUGUGUUCCAAUCUAGAAGAAGAACUAGAAGUUAUCUUCUCACUUUUUGAUAGUAAAGAGAAUCGACCAAUCAGUGAGAGAUUUUUUUUAAAACUAAAUCGGAGUGGUUUGCCCAAAUGUCCAGAGAAGCCAGAAAGAUAUUGCUCUCUUUUUGUGGAUUUGGGAAGCAGUGAACUUAGGAAGGACAUCUACAUUACUGUGCACAUUAUACGCAUUGGCCGAAUGGGAGCAGGUGAAAAGAAAAAUGCUUGCAAUAUACAAUAUCGGCGACCUUUUGGUUGUGCAGUCCUCAGUAUAGCAGAUCUACUGGCUGGUGAUACAAAAGAUGACAUUAUUUUAAAAGUAUAUAUGUGUAACACAGAGAGUGACUGGUUUCAAAUUCAUGAAAGCAUCAUAAAAAAACUAAAUGCACGCUAUAACCUGACAGGAUCCAAUGCUGGCCUAGCUGUCUCUCUGCAGCUACUCCAUGGAGACAUUGAACAAAUCAGAAGAGACUACACAGCCAUGUUUACCCAUGGAGUAUCAAUAGCAAGGAAGUUGGGCUUUUCCAAUAUUAUUAUGCCAGGUGAAAUGAGAAAUGAUCUAUAUAUCAUAAUAGAAAGAGGAGAAUUUGAAAAAGGAGGAAAAAGUGUGGCCAGAAAUGUGGAAGUCACAAUGUACAUUGUGGACAGCAGUGGACAAAUUUUGAAUGAUUUUAUCUCCUUCGGCUCUGGAGAACCACCAGCCUCUGAAUUCCAUUCUUUUGUGUUGUAUCAUAACAACAGUCCCAGGUGGGCUGAGCUGCUGAAACUACCUAUUCCAGUGGAUAAAUUCAGGGGAUCACACCUUCGGUUUGAAUUCCGGCACUGUUCCACAAAAGAGAAGGGAGAGAAGAAGAUGUUUGGUUUUUCUUUCAUCCCUCUGAUGCAGGAAAAUGGAAGGACCCUGCCAGAUGGCAUUCAUGAGCUCAUUGUGCACAAGUGUGAAGAAAAUAUAAGCCUUCGGGAUUCUAGUCGCUACCUCAAAUUUCCCUUUUCAAAAGGGCAUCUCCUUGCAAACAACCACCAAGCAAUAAAAUCUACAAAGGAAUCUUUCUGGAUUACAUCUUUUCUGUGUUCAACUAAACUCACACAAAAUGGAGAUAUGCUUGACCUUCUUAAAUGGCGAGCUCACCCAGAAAAAAUUGCAGGUUGCCUCUCGAAACUGAAAGAAAUUGAUGGUUCUGAAAUAGUGAAGUUUCUUCAAGAUACACUAGACACUUUAUUUGGGAUUUUAGAUGAAAAUUCUCAAAAGUAUGGCUCUCAAGUAUUUGACUGUUUGGUUCACAUAAUUAAUUUGCUGCAGGACAACAAGUUUCAUCAUUUUAGGCCAGUUAUGGAUACCUACAUUCAAAGUCAUUUUGCAGGAGCUCUUGCUUACAGAGAUCUCAUAAAGGUAUUGAAGUGGCAUGUUGACCGAUUUACUGAAGCAGAAAGGCAAGCACACAAUCAGGAAGUAUUAAAGGCUCAAGAAUAUAUAUUUAAAUAUAUAGUUCAGUCUCGGAAACUAUUCUCUCUUGCUACUGGUGGACAAAAUGAGGAAGAAUUCUGCUGUUGUAUUCAAGAGCUUUUGAUGUCAAUACGAUUCUUCCUUUCCCAAGAAACUAAAGGAACCAAUGCUUUAUCUCAGGCCCAAGCAAUCUUUCUCAGUUCCUUCCCAGCUAUAUAUUCAGAAUUGUUAAAGCUCUUUGAUGUGAGAGAAGUAGCAAAUUUGGUGUGUGAUACUCUAGGGAGUUUGCCUAUCAUUACAAAUGCGGAUGAAUCUCUUCAAGCAGUGAAACUUCAGUGCAUUGGAAAAACAGUGGAAAGCCAAUUGUACACCAAUCCAGAGUCUCGGUAUGUUUUGCUACCAGUAGUUCUACAUCACCUUUAUAUGCACCUGCAAGAGCAAAAGGAUCUGAUCAUGUGUGCGCAUAUCCUUAGCAACAUAUUUUCCUUCGUUAAGAAAAAUAGUUCUGACAAGUCAGUAUUGGAAGAAAUAGAUGUAAUUGUGAACAGUCUACUAGAUGUAUUACUCAGAACCAUCUUGGAGGUCACAAACUGUCCACAAGCAGCAGGUUCUACCAUGCGGCUUCAGUUUCAGGAUGUUACAGGGGAGUUUGUUUCCUGUCUUUUGUCAUUAUUGCGACAAAUGACUGACAGACAUUACCAGCAACUCCUUGACAGAUUCAAGACAAGAGACAUGCUGAGAGAUUUCUUGUUACAAAUAUUUACUGUUUUUCGAAUAUUAAUACAGCCAGAAAUGUUUCCAAAAGAUUGGACAGUGAUGCGUUUAGUUGCUAACAAUGUUAUUAUUACAACAGUGCUAUAUCUUUCUGAUGCCCUUCGCAAAAACUUCUUAAAUGAAAACUUUGAUUACAAGAUUUGGGAUUCUUAUUUUUACCUUGCUGUCAUAUUUAUAAAUCAGUUGUGUCUACAGUUAGAAAUGUUCACACCUUCUAAGAAGAAAAAGGUACUAGAAAAAUAUGGUGAUAUGCGAGUGACAAUGGGAUAUGAAAUCUUCAGCAUGUGGCAAAAUUUAGGUAAGAUUAAUUAUAUGGCUUAA